CGCAGCGAAAUUAAAAUUGUUUAUUUGGAUAUUAAAUUGUCGGUAAAAAAUAUUGUUGAAAAGAAUCGUUUGGGGGUCGACGAACUACUUUUCGAUAAUAUUUUUAAAUUAAAUCUGGUUCCUAAAUUGCGUUCCCUGGGUUACGUCGAUAUUAUCGACUGGUUUUCGAUAUUGGAUACUGAUCCGCAAAACUGGGUUUUCGCAAAUUUAACCCCUGGAAAUAAUAAAUGGUGCUUUUUUAAGUCGUUCUUUUUUUUGGUUAAUUUGUUCGCAAAUCCAAUUUCUGGUAAUAUUAACGGAAUAAUUCCUGGCAAUUUUAAAAAUAAUUGA